AUGCAUCGUCGCUUCCGUUUACUGGGUGAAUUGGCCGUCAUGGCUAUCUUGGUCAGUGUAUGGCGCGGUCACAAACAUUUGUUUCUUCAGUACGACGAAAAGUCUUUCGAGAGCGCCUGGUUUCCCCCACUGGUCCCAGCGGAGCCGAUUCCCAACGCGACCGAGUCUCCUUUGGAGGAAUUCCAGACGCUUGCCACCAAUUGUCGGGGCAAGGAAAGACUGCUUCGUAUCGCCGUGGCGACGGGUAUGAAUCGAUCCGCAGCGGAGGCGCGGUGCGACGAUUUGCCCUCGUGGAAGGACGUGGUGGACUUGUACGGAUCGCAACCCGUCAUUCUUGGACUCGAACACUGUGCCGCCUACCGAGCCGCUGUGCGUGACCACGUCAAUCGGACCCGUGAUGCGUAUCCCAAAUUUGGAGGGCUGCAGAUUGACGGAAUGUUUAACGUGGGAACCAACGCUUUGGCACAAACCGUUCUACACAAUCUGGAUCGAGGACAGUGGGUACAACCGGAUUUGUCUUUGGAUGAUCCGGAAUAUUGGGAAAAGAUUGAUACCUACAUGCACGGCGUAGGAUGGGGGAAACACACGUUGGUCAAGUACCGACCACACAACGCCAUAUUAUCCCUCCCCGUCGUGAUAGUGCGAGAUCCGUACCGGUGGAUGAAGUCCAUGUGCAAAGCAAUGUAUCGGGCACACUGGAUUCGGCCACCCAAUCACUGUCCCAACCUCGUGUUGACGCCACAGGAGAAAGUGGAGUAUCCCAAUCACACCACCUUUGCCGUUACAGUGGAGCAGAACGCUCGCAAUCCUCACGUGCGGGAUAACUUUGACUCCCUGGCGGAUUACUGGACGGCGUGGUACCAAAGCUACUGGGAUGCCAAUAUCCCCCGACUCGUGAUACGUUUCGAAGACAUGCUCUUCCAUGCCGAUGCGGUCGUCCAGGCACUCUCUGAAUGCACUGGUUCCGAGCGAGUGGAACCCUUUCAAUACUACACCCAGCCGGCCAAGGUUCACGGUGAAUCGUCCGAUUUUUUGACGGCACUCGCCAAGACGGGAACCGAAAAAGGACGCUACAGCGGUAUGACUGUCGAUGAUAGGGCGUAUGCCGCCAAAGCUCUCAAUGCCGAGUUGAUGCAGAAGUUUGGGUACCGACACUAG